AUGCAAGCAGAUCCAGGACAGAGCCCAAUAGGCUGGGACACCGAGCCACCAAGCGGCGUGCAAGCCUCCGGACCCUGCGAUUUGUGUUUCAUCAAAAAUCUGCAGAAGCAGGCUGGCAGUCCGUACUACGACGGAACUCAGAUUCGAGAGAGUUCCUUGUAUGAGUCAAAGACAUCAAGCUGUGGUGUGACGGGCUACCCGUUGUCCAUCUCGUCUUUACCCUUCCCGCAGUGA